AUGGAUAACGUGCUGAAUAGGCUAAACGUCAUUUCCUAUUCCAUGGCCUUGUGCUUCCUUACCCUAUGCCUUUUCAACUAUGGAUCUUCCUUUUAUUUAUUCGACGAGAAAGCAAUGUCGACGAAUAUAAAAGUAAGAAGUGUGAAGAGGCUGGUGUAUAACCGGCACAUAAAAGGGGACGAAGCGGUACUAUCGCUAGACCUAUCAUAUGACAUGAGCAAAGCAUUUAACUGGAAUUUGAAGCAGCUUUUUCUGUAUGUUCUAGUGACGUAUGAAACGCCAGAAAAGGUACAAAACGAGGUUAUAAUACAGGAUUAUAUAAUAACCAAUAAAAAUAUGGCCAAAAAAAACUACAAAAAUUUCCUCACGAAAUAUUCCCUUAAAGAUUAUAAUAAUGGAUUAAGAAAUAAUAAUAUUAAUUUACAAGUCUGUUACAAAUAUAUGCCUAUAGUUGGUUUGUCCAGAUCUUAUGAGGGUGCCAAAAUUUCGUACAAAUUGCCUGCAGAAUAUUUUGACAAUUUGCCGUCCAAUUAUCCGUUGUAUUACCCGGACAAGUGA